GUUUUCCUAGCUAUGUAUUUGCGAACCUAUGUAGGGGUAUGGGCAGUUUGCCGCGGUAUCUGGUUAUGCUCGAACCACCCAAGACUGCGAUUUUAUGCAAGUACCUCGACUUCAUUGCAGUGGGGCAAGGCGUUAACACGCAGAAAAGACCUAACAAGGCACUCUUUACUCAACACAAGGGAGUAUACAUAUAUAAACAGCUCAAAUUGCCAUCACCUAGUAGUUAGUGCAACUCCUGAAAGUGACUGACAUCGACACCAUCAUUCAUUCUCUAUUGUUCGCGCCUAGAGACUACCAACAACACAUUUCAACGCAUUGAGAUUGAGAUAUAAUCUACAGAUCCCAAGAUGCCUGCCAGUACCGCUAUGGAAAACUACAAGGCUAUGGACAGGUUCACCAGAACGCACAAAGAUACUUACCCCUUCAUCUCGCCCCAGACGGCAAACCUAUCUGGCAAAUCGGUCUUCGUCGCUGGUGCUUCGAAGGGAAUUGGCAAGGAAACAGCUCUGGCCUUGGCAGAGGCUGGAUGCAGCAAGAUCGGUAUCGGGGCACGCUCAGACCUCUCCAGCCUGGAAGACGAGAUUGUCAAGCGAGCAGUCAACGCAGGCAAAACCGUUCCGCAGGUCGUCUCGAUCCACCUUGACGUGACAUCAGAAGAUAGCGUCCGAGCAGCGGCCGAUAAGAUCGGACAAGAGUUCGGCGGCGCCCUGGACGUCCUGAUUUGCAAUUCGGGCAGACUGGAGCGGUGGAUGCCUGUCGCCGAAACAGACCCAAUGGAAUGGUGGCGGACAUACGAGACCAACGUCAAGGGAACGUAUCUCCUUAACCGCUUCUUCAUACCUCUGCUCUUAAAGAGCGAGAUCAGAACGAGCAUCCUGGUGUCGAGUUAUGGAGCUAUCGGUAUGAGUCCUGGUGGCUCCGGAUACCAAAGCAGCAAAUUCACCCUUUGCCGUCUGGCUGAGUUCAUCGCGAUGGAGUACGACGAGCAGGGGCUCGUAUGCUUCGCGCUACACCCCGGCGCUGUCAAGACGGAGCUCGCGCUCGGAUUACCGGAAGCACAUUGGAGUAUCCUUAACGACAAUCCCGCGCUGCCCGCACAUACACUCGUCUGGUUGAGCAAGGAGCAUCGGAUGUGGCUGAGCGGCAGGUUCGUGAGUGUAUCGUGGGACAUGGAGGAGCUAGAGAGCAAGAAGAGUCAAGUUAUUGAGGGUAAUCUCUUCAAGUUUCGGAUGGUAUAUGAAUGAGUUGGCGUUAUCAAGGAUGUCUGUGUAU